AUGGCGUUCAACCUUCGUCCGAGUUCGAGGGACCCCUCACCGCAAUCUCAUAUGCGGGACCAGCAGUACAGCGUCUCGCCGGUCUCACCGAAUCUCUCCCGGCGCACAUCGGAGACACGACUGGGGCCGACUGAUGCGGAGAGGCCGUCAUCGGAAAGCCGCAUCAAGCGCGCCGGCGGCGCUGAGGCCCAAGUUGCUGAAGUCAAUGACCCGCUAGUCUCUGUUCAUGGGCAGAAUCAGACAAGAUCGUACAAGCCCGUUGCCACGGAUGACCAGGCUCAUGGCAACAUCUCAGGUCGCAAAAUCUACAAUGCGACGGCGCCCACCAUCUUCGCCGACCUUGCCGUCGUUGUCUUGCCGUUGGCCGUCAUCGUCUUCAUUGUACUAGUAUGGCGCCUCGAUGGCUCGCAAGUUGAAGAUGAUCUCUCAGCCUGGGAAAACGCAAUCACCGUGCUUGCUACGGCGUUCCCUAUUCUUUUUGCAUCAGUCAUUGGACGUUUGAUGUCAGAGGCUGCUCGAUGGAAGCUUGAGAAGGGAGGGACCAUGGGGUUCCUCGAGCAGCUCAUGGGCAGCAGGACCGUUGGCUCAACUGUCAUCACCCUCUUCCAACUCCGAACACUGAAUUUCGUCGCUAUUGGACUGUUCCUUGUCUGGGCGUGUUCACCCCUAGGCGCACAAGCCUUUCUGCGCAUGAUGGAUACGAGUCUCGUCCCUAACCCGAGUCCCGUGGACAUAGCCUAUUUCGACACACAAGCGCCCCUCGCAGAUGGGGUAUCGUCAGGACAGGGUAGCAGCGUCGUCGACAGUCUGAACAGACCGAAGCUUGCGAGUCUGGCAACACUGUACACGAUCCUCGUAGGAACACCGAAGGCGAACAAAAUUGACGCCAUGGACCUAUGGGGGAAUGUGAGAAUCCCUUACUUAAGUGCAGAUGCAGACAGUACGUGGAGGAGCAUCUCGAGCAACUCUGAAGAGGUGGAAUACUCGUCGCUGGCCGGUGUUCCAGUUCAUUAUGCUGGAACUGGAAACGCGACUUUCUCUCUGGAGUCGAGUUACAUCCACCUCGUGUGCCCAAACGCUACCAAGUUCCCCGCUUCGGAUAUUUCCAAGGGCACUGCAAACAGGACAGCCAAGGCCAACGUGACGACCGAUUAUAUGACUGAGGAGUACCCUAAUGGAACAUGGCGAGGAUACAACUACCAACAAGGGUCCAGAGGCUACAGUCAGUGGCCAAAAGUCUGA